CUGGAGUGGUGUCAUAUUCUGUCGUAUAGUUUGAUGGACGACGGUGCUACAUUUGCAAUCGAAUAUUCGAGGACGAAUAAAAAGCCAAAAUUAGUGAAGUUUUCGUCGACAUUUGCGGUGUAUAUGAAAGAAAGUUUCGAACGAGUGCAUCAAGAGCGUGCCAGAUGUUCACUACCGGUGCCGUGCUUGCAAGCAGUCGCAUCCGGUUGA